AUGCGGCGAGUGCGCGAGAAGCUCAAGGACUUCCCCAACAACCUCACCAAGUUUCCAAUCCUUCUUCUUGAAGUCCCUCGUACAACCACCGAAGGCAUCAACUUAAUCUCUUCUACUGCGAAGGAUGUGGCGACGGACAAAAUCGGAAGUGCCAUUCAUGUGAUUGUACCAGCCUCCUCGGCGGCAGUGGCGCUGGCUUUCGAUGCUGGUGGAACUGAAAGACAGGAAGACAUUUGGGUUGCUGACUUGACGGAGGAGGAAGCGAAGGAGUUUUUGGCACUGCAUGGGCAUGAGAACAAGUGGGAAGACUUCGUGGAUGCUUGUGGCUUCCGGAUUGGCGACUUGGCGAAGGCCUGUGAGAAUCUGAAGAAAGGAAUGUCAUUGGACGACACGAAGCAAGAAUGUCAGCGAGUUGCUGAUGAUGAAGUGCGAGGCUUCAUGGAGCUUCAAGUGCACCCCAAGGUCACGGGGCGCGAGAUGGUGAAAGAGCUCCUGACGGCUUAUCCGGCAGGUAUUUUGAAUGUUGUAAAUGGCAUCCGCAUCCUUCCAAGGGAGGUUGCCGAACUAAUUCGCAACAAGAGUUGUCCUGCUGUGUAUUUUCACCCUAUCAAGAAGCCGCUUCUUUUUUGCUUCCACAUUGCAUAA